AUGAAUGAAGCGAGAAAGCUGUCCGCGAAUCGAGGCGCUUUCAAUAGUGUCACAUCGUUACCACCCAUAAAAAGAGCAGCUAAUCCUCUUUUCGUGGGAACGCACAGAACCACCAAAUUCAACACCGUAGUCCCAGCUAACAAGUACAAUAACAUGAUGAACUCGGAGACUAUGCAUCCGACAACAAGCAAUAUCAUCUUGCCAACCGAACAUAAAACAACAACAAAGGUGGAAGAGAAAGCAGUGUUGAGAGAACUCAUCAGUGACAGAGCUCAUAUGCUCGGUGCUCGGAAUCUAGUAGCGGCAGUGGAGAUAAAAUCAGGUAGAGCAGUGAAGUCUAAUAAGGCAGAUAAUCAAGCUUCAAUGUCGGACUUCAUUAAGACUCAGGAGGCUCCAGUGGUUAGACCUGCCUUCCAUGGGCCACAACUUGGUUUUGGACUGAAAGCAGGGCAAGAAAUCAGUCUUACUUCAAGGAAAGCCGAUGCAGCAAAGGUAUCAGUCACGAAUCUGUAG